AGGUUAGGAGAACUAGGUUAAGGUUAGGAAAAGAGUUAGGGUUAGUUAAAAUACAAAGAAUCAACUUUUUUUUACGUUAAUUUGACAAAAGUUGGAUCCCUUCUAGCCACGAUUCUGUUUUUAUUUGAUCCACUUUUUCCCCCUAGUCAUCCAAGUGACGUGCGUCAUGACGCCGCGUCUCUUUGUGUGGUUCAUCUAGCGGCGACAUUUGUUGUUAUUUUCGCUACAACUGAAAAAUACAAGACCGACCGUUUUUUGUUGUUGACCCAUUCUAUUACAAGCAGGCUGCCCAUUCCAAGCAUCCACGUCGGCUUGUGACAUCUCGAUAUCAACCUAGUAAUGGACUCAGACGAAGGCUAUAACUAUGACUUCGACGAGGACGAAUGCAGCGAAGACAGCGGCGCAGAGGAACCGGGGGACGACACCCUGGAGCUAGGCGAGGACGAGGUGGAACUGGUCGAUCCCGCCGAGGCUGGAGGGGAGCGGGACGAGGGUUUGGAGACCGGGGGAAGUGGUCAUGGGACCGGGCAAGAGGAAGAGGACUACCGCUUCGAAGUGCUGACUGCCGAGCAGAUACUCCAGCAUAUGGUGGAGUGUAUCAGGGAGGUCAACGAGGUCAUCCAGAAUCCUGCAACGAUCACCAGAAUCCUUCUGAGUCACUUCAACUGGGACAGAGAGAAGCUCAUGGAAAGGUAUUUCGAUGGUAAUGUGGAUAAGCUGUUCUCCGAGUGCCACGUCAUCAACCCCUGUAAGAAGUCGAGGACAAGACUGAUGAGCACAAGAUCCGCUGCUCAGGACCUGCCGUGUCAGAUCUGCUAUCUCAACUACCCCAACUCAUAUUUCACUGGCCUAGAGUGUGGACACAAGUUCUGUAUGCAGUGCUGGGGAGAUUACCUGACAACCAAAAUCAUCGAGGAAGGGAUGGGACAGACCAUCUCCUGCCCUGCCCAUAGCUGUGACAUCUUAGUGGACGACAACACCGUCAUGCGCCUCAUAACAGACUCUAAAGUGAAGCUGAAGUACCAACAUUUAAUCACCAAUAGUUUUGUAGAGUGUAAUAGACUGUUGAAGUGGUGUCCUGCACCAGACUGCCAUCACGUCGUUAAAGUCCAGUACCCCGACGCCAAGCCGGUCAGGUGCAAGUGUGGUCGACAGUUCUGCUUCAACUGUGGGGAGAACUGGCACGAUCCUGUCAAGUGUAAGUGGCUGAGAAAGUGGAUUAAAAAGUGUGACGAUGACAGUGAAACAUCCAACUGGAUUGCAGCUAAUACCAAGGAGUGUCCGAAGUGUCACGUGACCAUCGAGAAGGACGGCGGCUGCAACCACAUGGUGUGUCGGAACCAGAGCUGUAAAGCUGAGUUCUGUUGGGUCUGUCUGGGCCCCUGGGAGCCGCACGGCUCGGCAUGGUACAACUGCAAUCGCUACAAUGAAGAUGAUGCCAAGGCAGCCAGAGACGCACAGGAGCGCUCCAGAGCGAUGUUACAGCGCUACCUGUUCUACUGCAACCGAUACAUGAACCACAUGCAGUCGCUGCGCUUCGAGCACAAGCUGUACGCCGGGGUCAAGGCCAAGAUGGAGGAGAUGCAGCAUCACAACAUGUCCUGGAUCGAGGUGCAGUUCCUGAAGAAGGCCGUGGACGUGCUGUGUCAGUGUCGCUCCACACUCAUGUUCACCUACGUCUUCGCCUUCUACCUGAAGAAGAACAACCAGUCCAUUAUCUUUGAGAACAACCAGGCCGACCUGGAGAACUGCACAGAGACGUUGUCAGGAUACCUAGAGAGGGACAUCUCCCAGGAUUCCUUGCAGGAUAUCAAGCAAAAAGUACAAGAUAAAUACAGAUAUUGUGAGAGCCGGCGGAGGGUGCUGCUACAGCACGUUCACGAAGGCUAUGAGAAGGACCAAUGGGAGUACAUAGAGGAUUAAGAAGGACCAAUGGGGAGUACAUAGAGGAUUAAGAAGGACCAAUGGGGGAGUACAUUGGCCUCAUGCUCAUGGACCAUCUCUAGAGAGAAUAUAUUUUCUUUGGCCCUGAGAGGAUAUCUGUGUUGUGUGUGUUUCUCUCUCUCUCUACUGUCUCUACACCGUCUCUUGAGUAUCUCUUCUCUAGAGAAUAGAAAAUCGCUUUCUUCUACCUUCUCCGCACCAUGGACUAUCCUCUAGUUUAGAGACUUUUCUGUUCUGUACGUUGCUUUCUCCACAUCACCAUGGACUAUCCUCUAGUUUAGAGACUCUUCUGUUCUGUACGUUGCUUUCUCCACAUCACCAUGGACUAUCCUCUAGUUUAGAGACUCUCUCCUGGGACACCACCCACUAGUACCUCCUACUCCCCUCCCUGGUUGAAUGGAAACCAUCAAUAAGAGGUAGAAUAUUAAAACGGUGUUAACAACAGUGUGAGAAGACUGACCAUUCAAGAACAGAUCGAUUUCUGGUCCCAGCCCAUCCCCGCUGGCCCCACCAGCCCAUCCCCGCUGGCCCCACCAGCCCAUCCCCGCUGGCCCCACCAGCCCAUCCCCGCUGGCCCCACCAGCCCAUCCCCGCUGGCCCCACCAGCCCAUCCCCGCUGGCCCCACCAGCCCAUCCCCGCUGGCCCCACCAGCCCAUCCCCGCUGGCCCCACCAGCCCAUCCCCGCUGGCCCCACCAGCCCAUCCCCGCUGGCCCCACCAGCCCAUCCCCGCUGGUCCCACCAGCCCAUCCCCGCUGGUCCCACCAGCCCAUCCCCGCUGGUCCCACCAGCCCAUCCCCGCUGGUCCCACCAGCCCAUCCCCGCUGGUCCCACCAGCCCAUCCCCGCUGGUCCCACCAGCCCAUCCCCGCUGGUCCCACCAGCCCAUCCCCGCUGGUCCCACCAGCCCAUCCCCGCUGGUCCCACCAGCCCAUCCCCGCUGGUCCCACCAGCCCAUCCCCGCUGGUCCCACCAGCCCAUCCCCAGCCCAUCCCCGCUGGUCCCAGCCCAUCCCCAGCCCAUCCCCGCUGGCCCCAGCCUUUCCAUUCUGGUCCCAGCCCAUCCCCGCUGGCCCCAGCCCAUCCCCGCUGGCCCCAGCCCAUCCCCGCUGGCCCCAGCCCAUCCCCGCUGGUCCCAGCCCAUCCAUUCUGGCCCCAGCCCAUCCCCGCUGGUCCCAGUCCAUCCCCGCUGGCCCCAUCCCAUUCCCGCUGGCCCCGUGUUACUGAACUGCAGCAGGCUUCAUAAGACUUUUUUUGACAUAUGACAUAAGAAGAAUGACUUCCAAAAAGGGGCCAUAGAUCACAUCGAAAAUCAGCUGCAGUUAAGUCUGAAGAUGACACCAAAAGUGGCCAUCGUUCAAAACCAAUCCUUUUUUUGCCCCGGUUGUUUGGCAAAUUAGGACUCGUUCUCGACCCCAAAAAUGCUUAUGUGUUUGUAACAAUUAUUAAGAAAGUAUAAUUAAAAUGAUAUGUUUGAUUUUAAUAAAUGGAAACAUAAUGUCAUUAUUGGGAGUAUUGUGUGAGUCAGUAGAAUAGAACUAACUCUCAACUGAAAGUGUUUAUAUGAAAAUACAACAGGAGUCGUCUCGGUGUGUAUUUACACUGUAGUAUUCAAAAAUUCUGUUAACUUAACCCCAAAUUCAAAAGGUUUUUCCAGAAAUCCUGGUUGGAAGAUUCCCAGUAUCGGGAGCGAAAUAAGGAUCCUUCAAACCAGGAUUUCUUGAACUCUGGGAUUUCUCUCGACCUUAAUUUGCAGUGUGUUCGAUCAGCCUAGAAAGAGAUCUCUAAAGCCUCGUUCACACUGCAGGCCUUAAUGCUCAAGUCCGUUUUAGAAUACUGAUUGUCCAAACGGCAUGUUAAAAACGGGCCAAAUCAGGUGUGUGUGUGUGUUCAGACGGCAGUCAUUUGCUAACAUGGCUAUGCUAGUUGUCAUAGUAAUGACAGGUGUGUGUGUGUGCACAGUGGUGUAGGCUGAUUUAGUGGUGGUGCUUGUUCUUCCUAUCACUCAGAAGUUAUGUAGCAAGCUAAGAGGACAACAAUGCCUGCCAUGGACGUUUCCCCCGUUGCUUUGAAUGUCCAAAAUCAUAGUGUAAGUACUUUUUGAGAUGAACCAAUUUGAAAAAAAAAGUCAUCUUUUUUUUUUUUUUGCUAGCUAGUUAGCUGUUUAGUUCACCAUUUUGUUUGUAAACAAUUAACAAGCUAAUUAGCUAGAACAUGUUCUUGUCAACAGAGCAGCUAGCAAACACACGCGUUAGCAUACCUACUCGUUCCAUUUUUUUAUUUUAUUUACUAUUUUGUAGAAAUAACACAUAUAGUGACUAAAAAAACCACUUGAGGGCAAAUAAAUCAGACAAGUCACAUGGCCAAGUCGGUUUGAAAUGUGGCUUCAGGAUAAAUACCAUUCGAAUCAGAUAUGCACAUUUAUUUUUUGAGUCACUUAAAACUGCCAAUGUGAACAAGGCUUUACAAUCUUCCAGAAUGGGUGAAAUUACGUUCAGAUUCGUUCAUACAAGAUGAAUACUAGUGGUCUUUUGGGCAGAAAUAAAAGUUGCAUCAAAUUUACUAUUAGAGACAGUAUUCAAACCCAUUGACUUAUUCCACAAUUUGUUACAGCCUGAAUUCAAAAUCCAUUCAAUAUUUUUUUCUCCAAACCAUCUAUACACAAUAUCCCAUAAUGACAAGGUGAACACAUUCUUUGUAGAAUUCUUUCAAAUGUAUUGUACAUUUACAUAAGUAUUCACACCCCUGAGUCAAUACAUGUUAGAAUCACCUUUGGCAGUGAUUUACAGCUGUGAGUCUCUAAGAGCUUCCACACCUGGAUUGUACAAUAUUUGCCCUUUUUUUUAAUUCUUCUUCAGGCUCUCUCAAAUUAGUUGUUGAUCAUUGCUAGAUUACCAUUUUCAAGCAGAUUUCAGUCAAAAACUAACUCGCCCACUCAGGAACAUUCUCCGUCUUCUUGGUAAGGAACUCCAGUGUAGAUUUGGCCUUGUGUUUUAGGUUAUUGUUCUGCUGAAAGCUGAAUUCAUCUCCCAGUGUCUGGUGGAAAGCAGACUGAACCAGGUUCUCCUCUAGGAUUUUAUUUUGCUUAGCUCCGUUUCUUUCUCUCUUUUUUUACUGAAAAACUCCCCAGUGAUGACAAGCAUACCCAUAACAUGAUGCAGCCACCACCACGCUUGAAAAUAUGAAGAGUGGUACUCAGUAAUGUUUGUAUGGGACAAAAGUUGUAAGAUGUGUCAAGCUUUUUGUUUUGUUUCUCUGCCCAGGUGAUGAAACAAUGAUUGGAUUUUUCUUUACGAAGGAAAAUCCAUAUUUCUUUUAGGCUGUCCGUCUGUCUUGCAGGUGCAGCUAUAGCCGUCUGUGACCAACAGGCUCUAGCCUAAAUGACAUUUCCCUAUAUAGUGCACUACUUUUGACCAGAGCUAAUGCACUAUGUAAGGAUUCAUUUGGGAUGUAUUCUUCUGUUAUCAUCACCAUGUCUGUUUGCUUGCUUGUUCUCUACCAACAUUUCAACUUAACAUUCAAGGUAACAUGAAAGCAGCUACUUUCAUUUGAUAGAAUCACCCCCCCCAAAAACUUUUCUACAUUUUUUUUUCUUAAUGCUAUUAAAAUUGUAUUUCUUAUUUACAAAGUUAGUGUAUAAAAUGUUGGAAGAUAUUAGUUGUUCGUUUUGAAGAAAAACAAAUUAAAGUGCAAAAUUUGUU